AUGAACGGGAAAAAGUCGCCUCAUCCUGCCGCCAAAGCAAGUGCCAAUGGGCACAAUGGUCCCCCUGUUGGUUCAGAAACAACUAUCGCUGGACCGGGUGCAGACCAGCCACAGGCUGAGGAAAAGAGAGUGGUGGACGAGCCACCAGAUGGAGGCUAUGGUUGGGUCUGCGUGGUUAGCACUUUCUUCAUUAACGCACAUACAUGGGGCAUCAAUUCUUCCUACGGUGUCUUUCUUGCAUACUACUUGGCCAACGACUACUACCCCGGAGCUUCAGCAUUAGAGUUCGCUUUUAUCGGAGGUCUCUCGAUAUCCCAGGCUCUGUUAAUAUCGCCACUCGCAACGUACAUUACACGAGUAUAUGGAACAAGAACUACAUUGUUACUCGGCGUUGCUCUUGAGACUCUUGCGUUAAUCAGCGCAUCUUUCACACAUGAGAUAUGGCAGCUGUUUCUCAGUCAGGGUGUUUGCUUCGGGUUCGGCAUGGGGUUUCUCUUCGUGGGCUCUGUCGGUAUCGUACCACAAUGGUUCACAAGGAAGAGAGGUCUUGCCAAUGGUAUCGGCACUGCGGGUAGUGGCCUUGGGGGCUUGAUGUACAGUUUAGCUACAAACGCGAUGAUUGAUCGACUUGGUGUAGAAUGGGCUUUCAGGAUUCUUGGGAUACUGGCCUGUGCGGUCAAUUGCACUUGCGCCAUGCUAAUAAGGGACCGUAACAAGGCUAUUGGAUCGAUCCAGCUGGCCUUCGACUAUACGCUGUUCAAAAGACCUGCGUUCUUGCUCUUACUAGGAUGGGGCUUCUUCAGCAUGAUGGGUUAUAUCGUCUUACUGUUUUCACUGCCGAAUUAUGCCACCAGCAUUGGCUUAAGCGCGCAGCAAGGAUCCAUUAUCGGGGCAGUACUUAAUCUUGGGCAGGCGCUUGGUCGUCCUCUUGUGGGGAUAUUCUCAGACAAGGCUGGCCGCAUCAAUCUGGCAGGGCUUUGCACGUUCAUUGGUGGUCUAUUCUGCUUCGUCAUUUGGAUAUUCGCCAAGAGCUAUGGUGUCUUGGUCUUCUUCGCCAUCAUCGUUGGUACCGUCGCAGGUACGUUCUGGACUACGAUUGCACCUGUCGGAGCGGAAGUCGUGGGCUUGAAAGAGCUACCCUCUGCUUUGUCUAUUGUCUGGAUAGUCCUAGUCCUUCCUACAACGUUCGCUGAGCCCGUAGCCCUCGAGUUAAGGCAAAAAAUUGGAAAUACUUACCUCCACGCCCAGAUCUUCACAGGCUUCAUGUACGUAGCGGCAGCAGUGUGCAUGUGUUUCUUGCGAGUUUGGAAGGUUGGGCAGAUCGAGCAGAUCGCCGCAGAGCAAGAAAAGAAGCCCGAUGAUAUAGAUGCAGCAUCUGCUGAGCCGGUGGAUGAUCGGGCUGUCUCUUUCGCGGCGAAGAAACCUAAAAGCAGUGUGUUGAAACGCCUCUUCAUACGGAAGAAGGUAUGA